AUGCUCGAUAGAAAACACAUAGUGCCAGAAAUACACGGAAAAAACAAAGAAACAGAAGAAAACAAAGACGAUUUGGAAAGCUCUUUUGACGCAUGCCUGAGCAGGCUCGAGGACUUGCGCAACCAAAUAUCCUCGCCCCAGGAGGCACAGUCUUCUCUGGAACUGCAACUUGAAACGCUGUUUCAGUCUCGGGGCAGCAAAGUUCUCACGGACAUGGAGAGAAUUGCGGUUAUUCUGUGCCGAAUUGCACACAAAAUCAUACGGAGCGACUCCCUCUCGGAUACUGACUACUCAGUUCUUCUGCAGAUAUUUGAGCUUGGCCUUUUUCUCGCGCAGUUUAAGGACCGGUGGCUUACUCACCUGAACAAGACAAACGCCCUAACAGCGAACAAAUGGGAGGCGCAGAAGGAGUUUAUGCACGUAGGCGCCCUUCUAUCGCCUGCUAGAGAGCUUAUUUCGCUCGCUCAGGAGUACAUUUUGAGGCAGCGCGUGCUUUUGGGAAACAGGUGCGAUUUAUGCGCGUAUUCCCUCGCAAACAUCAGCGGAAUAUACAUGCCCAGCCUUUCCCUUCUUCUACAGAGCCGGAAAAUGGAGUUUUCCCUGAGCGGGCGAGGCUCCGAGGGCCUUCUUCCCCUCGACUAUUUCUACUUUCUCAUGUACAACCUUUCAGAAAACGGCCUUGAAAAAAACAAAAUACUCGUCGAGUGGACAAAGAAAUACCAGCACGAAAUUGACGGGGGCCUUUUCUACCUGCCAAAUAUAGAUGUGCAGCAGUACUUCAGGGCAGAAGUUAGGCGAAUUCGCGACUUGGCAGCUGCUGUUGCCGUGGUAAGAGCAGCAAACUCCCACGCUCUUCUCGUGGAUGCUGACAUUGUCCUGCAAAGCCACAGAAGAGGGAAGCUUUCCACGCGGCUUUUCCUGGAUCUUCUCGUUGAAACGUACACGAAGGGAGAGUGGGACUUUACCGUGCAGAUCCUGCAGGAAGUUUCGAAGUAUAAUGCAGUUGCUUCCGAGACAAUCACAAAGUCUCUCAUAAUAAUAGCAGAGGCCACAGAGCUGUCGCUGUACUUUUUCAAAAGCUCGUUCAUCAUCGACAGAGACUACGCGGAGGCCUGCAUGCUUUGCAUAGAGCACUUCCACUACAUCUCCAGGGACAUGCUGAAACUUCUCUGCAAGAGCGACUACUUUGGGCUCCUGUGCGUGGAAAAGGAGGUUUUCCAGAAAAUCACAAAAACCGUUGCAGAGAUGCAUUGCAAGGAAGUGGUCGUUAAAAAAGGCGCUGAAACUGUGACUGCGAUAGGGUGGGAUGUGCUUGAAUUCUGCAGGAGGGUCUUUGCGGUGAUGAACGUCUCGAUUGGGGCGCUUGAAAAGGGCCUAAUUCUAAUGCUUUACUUCCCCAGCGCGAGCGCAGCAAUAAAAAGACUCGUGUGGGACGAGGUUGAGGCAAAGGGAGUCCACAGGGUGGCCGAGGCGGUGGAUAAGAUCAUUCCUGCGCUCUCCAUAUGCACGGGCCUGGACCUCAAAAAGCCCGAAAAUGCACAUUUCGACCCAGCAAAAGCCCCAAAACCGUUGCUGGAGGAGGUUGAGAGCCUGAUAGACGUGCUGAACCACUACCGAGAGAUCCCUGCGAUACAAAAACAGCUUCUGCGGAUGUGUAAAUACACGGGAAUAUUCCCUGUUUUGGCGAAUUACACUCCGGACGUUUUUGCAAUAACGUGCAUACAGCGGGAAAUAAAAAGGCUGCGCCCAAACAUAAAGGAGCUGCACAGUUUCCUGAUGCAGAUCAAGGAAAGAGGGGAGCUGCACAGUGGGUCGUACUGGAUAAGCCAGGCAAGGCGAAAAAUAUCGUUGGGAAACACUAUCAGGUCGCUAAAUUCGAUUAUGCUGCAGGAGGACAUGCUUCACACGCUUUGCAGCGAAGAAGACAUUGUGUAUCUGCUUCGCUUGGUGAGCAAAAGGCCGAUACCCGACACUGUUCUGGCGGCUGCCCUCGUUGAGAAGCUGGAGGCUGACUCUUUGAGCGACUCUGGGCUUGUCAUGGGAAGUAACUCAGCAAUAAGUUUCACAGUUCCGUGCAAGCCGCUUUCCGUCUACUUGAUGAUGACGCAGAAGGAGUUCACCGGCAGGCAAAGCCUUCUAAAAGUGCAGGGAACGAACUCGGAGGCUGAGCUCUUCAUUCAGGACGGGGUUAUGCUCUUCCGCACGAGAAAGCCCGUUAAAACCUCGGAGGAAAUAGUUGAAGAGGUCGAGUAUAAAGUUUCCUUCCCGAAAGAAGAGGGAAAUGCGAAGGUGCAAAGUGCAGGAGGCGGGAGAGUGGGCUGGAAAAUCUCCUUGGGCGUGCACGUGAACAAGUACGAGUGCCAGGUAUACAUGGGAUCGUCCGUUGUGAAGAUCCCGCACGGGGUGAAACCUGUCAGCAUGGUGGUGGGAGAGGAGUUCCGGGGAAUUCUGAACCGCGUCCUGGUUCUGGAGGAGAUAUACAAGAGCGGAAGACUCUGCAGCAAGCCAAACGAUCUCUACUACGUUGAAACUUUAGUGGAGAUUGAAAAGGCCUUCCAGUACUACAACAAGUUUGGGCUGCUGAUUGACUCUUCUGUCCCGUACCUGGUCAGCGGAAAGUCGAAGGUUCGGAUGGUAAACACCUUCCAAAGCGCAAGCAGCCAAUGGAGGGCGAGCGAGCGCCUGUGCAGGUUUAUUUCAAAACUCUCAGCAAAGCAUUACCAAGUAGAAGAUGCUCUCCACAGCAGCUUGCACCCCCUUGAAAACCUGCAUGAAUGCUUAAAGUAG